AUGGUCCAGUGGAAAAAUAUCGACACCGUCAUCGAGAACAGGCUUUUCCUGGGAAAUAUCAUGGCGGCGCGGUCCACCAGAUCCUUGACGGAACGCCGAAUCACCCAUAUACUCUCUGUUUGUACAGAAGAGAUUCCUGCGGAAUCCCCGCAAUCAGGGAUCUGUCAUAUGCGUAUCCCGGUAGAAGACGUUGAUUAUGAAGAUAUUCUAAUCCACUUGCCGUCGGCAUGUCGCUUCAUUGACCAGGCUCUGAGGGGAGGUGGGGUGGUCCUUGUGCACUGCGUUCAGGGCAUCUCAAGAAGUGCCACCGUGGUAGCCGCUUAUAUGAUGUGGUCGCGACGAAUCAGUGUUACGGACGCCCUUUACCAUCUUAGGGCAGCACGGGACCAGAUCUGGCCAAAUCCCGGCUUCCAUGAGCAACUCUUGCUCUUUGAAGUUUGUGGAUAUCAACCUUCCCCCGCAAACGGCCAUUAUGCCGCGUGGCGCUACAAACUAGAUCGUAAAUUGCGCGCAGCUGGACUGCGCUAA